CCUUCACUUUGUGUCUCUCUUUUCCUUCCUUGCUUCAUCGUAAGCUCCUCCUCUCUUCCGUCGUCUUCCUCCCAUCGGUCGCAGAAAACAAAUGGGAGAGCUGAAGUUAUUCGAUUUCAAUGGUGACGAAGCCGAUCUCCGUUCAGACAGGACGACGCCGAAGCACAUCGUCGUCACUUACAGCUGCGGCUCCUGCGGAUACCAACUGAACUUGAAUUCCGACAACCGAAACACUACAAUGAUCGGUUCCAAGUACGGAAAAUGGAUGAAGAAAGGCAUAAUGUCGUUUUGGAGCAUAGACGAGACGCGGUUCACUCGCGUCGAAGAGCGAAGAUUCUUCAGGCGAUACACAAAACUUCUCUGCGGAAAGUGUGAAAACCACAUCGGUAUUGCUCAAAAGACGACGAAAAAUUCGAGGCGGAUCCAACUGCGGAAAUCUUAUACAUUCCCGGCGAAUGGUAUUUUGGAAGGCAAUAAAGUUUACGAGAUCAAGAUUCGAGCUUUGCAGCCUUGUUCUUUCUCACCAGAUGAUUCCUUGAUCUUUCCUUGAAAACUUCAUCUUAGCGAUGGUGAACAUUUCGAAUUUGGAUUCAGUUAUAUUCAAACUGAAUUAUUUCAGUGUUAAAAAAAACUAUAAUCAUUCAGUUUU